CGGCCCGGGUGCCGCCCCGCCCGCCCGCCCUUAUAAAAGCACUGCCGGUGCCUUCCCCUUCUUCUCGCCCCGUGUCUCCGCUCACUCGCUCGCAGCUCACCGGCCGCGCUCCCGUCUCCGCCCGCCGCUGCCGCAGCCCCCGGCCCGUUCCGGCUCUGUCUCUCUUCGCCUGUGCCCUCUGGUCCCAGCGCUGCGCUGCGCUUUCCCCGCCGGCCGCCCCCGCAGCCUAUGGCCCUGGAAGGCGCCACUGCCGCCGCCUGUAUUUCUGCUGUAGGUUCCCACAUCCCUCUUUAAAAAUUCCGCCUAAAAAGAGAAGACGAUUUACCAAAUCUUUCGGGCCGUUAUCUCACGGCAAAAUCUCUGAUCAAGUUUACAACUAUCCAGAAGGCUUAGGAGAAGUGCUUUAUAGAGAGCAGUUCGACUUCAACGCUGAGCCACCUUGGGAACCUAGCUGAUGAUAGUAGGGUUCCAUCUCCUAACUUGUCCAUUUUGUUGCAUAAUUUAAGGACCCGGAUAUAAGGCUUGGAAGCCCAUCCCUUGUGUUUCUUGGUUUAUGACUGUCGGCUUUGUGGAAUACGGCUGAGAUGAAAGGAUUUCUUGAGGAUGCAAAUUACUCCAUUGGUCUGUUGGAUGAAGGAGCAACUCUUGCAGAUGUUAUUGACAACUGUAUUUAUGAACAUACUCAUACUGGAAAAAAGGCAUUUUAUGUUGGAGAUCUUGGAAAGCUUGUAAGGAAUAACGUGCAAUGGCAGAAUGUGAUGGCACCAAUAAAGCCAUUUUAUCCUGUAAAAUGCAAUUCUACUCCAGGUGUACUCGAAAUUCUGGGAACCCUUGGUGUUGGUUUUGCAUGUUCCAGUAAAGCUGAAAUGGCUUUGGUACAAGACCUGGGCAUUUCUCCUGAAAACAUCAUAUACACAAAUCCUUGCAAGCAAGCCUCUCAGAUCAAGUAUGCAGCAAAAGCUGGGAUAAACAUCAUGACUUGUGACAAUGAUAUUGAGCUGAAGAAAAUUUCACGUAACCAUCCAAAUGCCAAGCUCUUACUGCACAUUGCCACAGAAGACAUUACUGCUGGUGAGGAGAUGAAUAUGAAGUUUGGCACCACCCUGAAGAACUGUAGGCACCUUAUGGAAUGUGCUAAGGAGCUGGGAGUCCAAAUAGUUGGUGUCAAAUUUCAUGUUUCAGGCUCUUGCAAGGAUCUGCAAACAUACAUUCAUGCUCUAUCUGAUGCUCGGUGUGUGUUUGAUAUGGCUGAAGAAUUUGGCUUUAAGAUGAACAUGUUGGAUAUUGGUGGGGGCUUCACAGGUUCAGAACUUCAGCUGGAAGAGGUUAAUCAUGUCAUCAGGCCAUUGCUGGAUGUCUACUUUCCUAAGGAAUCUGGUAUUAAUGUGAUUGCAGAGCCUGGAUGUUAUUAUGUUUCAUCCGCAUUUACACUGGCAGUGAACGUCAUUGCAAAGAAGACUGUUGAGUAUGAUAAAUUUCUUCCUUCUGGAGUGGAGCAAACCAGGAAUGAUGAUGAACCAGUUUUUACAUAUUACAUAAAUGAUGGUGUUUAUGGUUCUUUUGCAAGUAAAUUGUCUGAGAAACUGAAUACUAUCCCAGAGGUUCACAAGAAAUACAAGGAAGAUGAGCCUCUGUUUGCGAGCAGCCUUUGGGGUCCAUCCUGUGAUGAGCUUGAUCAAAUUGUGGAAAACUGUCUUCUUCCCGAGUUGAGCGUUGGAGAUUGGCUGAUCUUUGACAAUAUGGGUUCUGGUACCUUAGGUGAACAGUCUACCUUUAACGACUAUCAGAGGCCACUGAUUUACUACAUGAUGUCUUUCAGUGACUGGGAUGAGAUGCAAGAUGCUGGAAUUGCUUCAGACACAUUGAUGAAGAACUUCUUCUUUGUGCCUUCAUGCAUUCAGCUGAGCCCGGAAGAACGCUUUUCCACUGCAGCUUAAACAGGCAUUAACGCUUCAUUUAGACCUGCAGUUGCAAGUCUGUAGUUUGUCUGGUCAACAUUCCAAUGUGGAAGAAAUGGAACAAUCUUGAAUUCAAUUCUCUUCAAAACUUGAAAAAAUAGUAAUAGUAAUGGGGACCAGGCAAAACAAGCUACAGCUACAAUUCAGUGGGGGGUGGGAGGGUUAGAUAAUGGUGUCCAAAUUUAAAAUCAAGUUCAUUCAACCCCUGAGCGUUAAAUAUGCAACAAAAUGGAUGACUUAGUGGAGAUGGAAACCCAUCACUUGGGUUCUUCAACAGUUUACAUACAAGUACACAGUUUUUAUACUAAGGAUUCCUGUUAGAAAAGUCUUGUAAAGUUAUUGUCUUUCGCCCAGAUAUAUCAGAUGUCAGUGGGAGACCAGUGUGACUUCAUUAGAUGUUUUAGUGUAUUUAGAAUGUGUAAAUUUGUGCUUUGAACUGUAGUUUAAUAAAUGUAAAAUUGCAUCAUAGUAUUUGUUGUAUUUGACCCAUGAUGUAUCCCUUGUAUGACUGCAAUAAAACUUUGUGUAGAUUUUACUGUUUUCCAGGCUAACUUUGGGAGGAGCUAGGCAGAUAGCUAUAAAGUAGAUGUAUAUGUGAUUGAUUUGAGAAGCUUUCUUUUCUCAUGCCCAUUGGUUCAGCUUUGUGUUAAACAGUAAAACUUUUAAGGUUGAUCAAUCUGUAUGAAGUGCAAGUCAUGUAAGUUCCUGGAAGACUAAAAGGCAAUUUGUGGUGUGUUUUUAGAGCAUGACCUUAGAUUCAGUUCUUCACACCAAAACCUGCACUAGGCAUGGGUGUGCACGGAGAGGUUGUCCCAGCUCGUGUGCAUGCAGUGCCCUGAGGCAGCAUGGGUUAGUCCAAUUCUGCAUGUUGUCACAGAACCUUUGGCUCCUUUUUUAAUAGUGUUUAUUUGAAAAGUCUUAACUUUCAACUUUAGCUAGUUCUGUAUAGUGCUGACUCUAGGGUAGGGCUGCACAAGACUACAGAAACCUCAAACGCUCUCUUGCACUGGACUUCAUUUAGCUGUAUCCAUAAUGUAAAGGGUAAAUUAGACUGCUGCAAGUAUAUGUGCAUUGAGUAAUGAACUGCCUGAACUGGUCAGAGAAUUUCUUUAUUGUGUUACUGAAGCCUCUCGAUUUCUUCAAGGUCCUUUGCUUACUUUCUCACUUGAACUUACCCUACUUGAAAACUGGGGAAAGGAGGAGAAGGAGGUUUUAGGGUUUUGAAAUGAUGCACUGAGGUCUGGAUACUACAGAUAAAAGGGAUUUUUUAAACGCUUUUAUUGGAGGUAAAAUUUAUACCCUUUGGCUGCAAGUGUACUUCACAUGAGUGCCAGCUAGUAGGAAAUUUUAUUUUCUGAUUCUGUAAAGCAAAGAUUUUAUGAAACUUCACAAACUUUUGCUUGAAAGUAAAUUCUCAGUUUGUAUUUGUCAGAACAGUUUUACGGGCCAGUUAGGAGAUACAAAAUGGCUUGUGCUUUGGAGAUGCAGUCUAAGAAAUACUUACUGCUGUAAUUAAAUGUACAAGUGGAAAGGGAGUAAAUUAAAGGGGUAAACUUGUGUUUUGGCUUGGUUUUGGUUUUCUGUUUGUUUUUUUUUUAACCUGAAGUUACUAGUUGACCCAUGUCAAGCAGUGAUAAGUUCUUCAGUUUACCUGUUGAGGUCUUUAUAGACAGACUGCUGUGUGGUUUUUGACUUAAUGCAACUGCAGUUGCCUAAGGUUAAAUAAUCCAACAGGAUUCUGUCAUACAGUCUUUAAAAGUUGUUUUAUGUCAAUUUACAGAUAAGUAGAAAACAAUUUUUCUAUAAAUGCAGCAGUGGUCAGAGGAGAAAUACUUGCUGUACUUGAAGACAGUGUGCCAUUAAAGCCAACCUGGAGUCUGAACACAGUAUGUAUUUCAGUUUGAUUUGCUAUGUGCUACUGUUUGUUGUAACUGCAGUUCAGAACUUUUACACAAUAUGAAAGCUGGAUGAUUUCUUUAGAGUACUUGGAAGUGAUGUAGCCGUGUUGUGCUCGCUAGACAGCUGCAGCACCUCGUGCUUGCUGAGGCUGUGGCAGGAGCAGGGGUGUCUGACACAGACCUGCAGGUGGUGUUUCACUGUGUGCUGUGAUGGUGUGCAUGGCAAACAGCCCCGCCUGCUUUGGCCUGAAUGCUUCCCUGAUCCAGCCCUGCAGCUGGCCUUCCAUUUCUGAAGGAAGAUCCAGGGCUGUGGGCCCAGACAAGGCUGUGGUACUGGUGUUGCCAGUUACUUCUUAGGAACGGGAGAAAAUGGUUCCAACUUUUUGUGUGCCUAAGCAGCUGCACAACUAGCUUACAUUGAAUCAGAAUAAAAGUGGAUGCCCUGGAUCCACCACUGGA